AACAAUUAUGCAAAUAAAGUUUUACUCGCAAAAUAUAGUUGAUGUGGAAGUAAAAUUCUACAACUCAAACAACGAGCAAAUCUGGGAUAAAGUAGUCGUACAAAAUAAUCCCAACGGCUUCUUUGAUUACAGUACAUACUUUCCGGAUGUCAAUUCAAUUGAAUUAACAGUUAGCACGUCAGAUACAAGCCAGCGUGUUAGCAUCAGAGAUUUACAGAUAUGGACAUGCGCCGAAACAGUUACUACGAUUGUUAUUCCAACAACUACGCCACACGAACUUACAAUUCCUGGAGAGACCUUAACACCAGGACGAGUUGUCGAACCGUCCACACCACAGGGUUCGACUAAAUCUCUGAUCAUCGCGAACAAUACAACUCCUUUUCCUGGAAUGACCAGCAAACCAACCAUUUCUGAAGGUACAAAAACGACAAUUUGCAAAGUAACUAAUGCUCUAGAAUUACUCGGCAUGACCUUUACUGCUAAUCCUUCACUAGCGUCGAAUGAUUUGAAAAAUAUAAGCUUUGUUUCGAAGAAUGGAACAUCUGCUACAAUUGAAUUUUACUUGCCUAGCUUACAACAGUUAAUGAAUGUUGAGAUAGGAAUGUCAACCAACGUUGCUUCGAUGAACAUUUCAGUGUACUUGCCUGGUUUAAACGAACCAAUCAACAAAUUUUUUUUGGAAAUCACAAAAUCGACCUUUGAUAUUCCAACUCCAUCAAGUGGUAAUAGAGUGAAAUUUGAAUUUUCACCAAUAAUUGCUACUCAGCAGAUAACAAUUAAUGAUCUUUCAAUUUGGUCUUGCGGCGUCGUAGUAACAACCAUCGGUGGAACAACACAGUCCAAAGUUACAACUGUUGCUAGCACACCAACACACGAACUUACAAUUACUGAAGAGACCUUAACACCAGGAAUACUUUUCGAGCCGUCUACGCCACGAGAUAUGGAAAGUCCAUCGAAGUGUCAACUCAGUGAUUUGAUGAAAGAACAAACAGUUACUUCUGAAACCAACAUUGGUUUGAUGGCUGGAUCUUCUAAAAACACUUUUGUGUUUCCUGGUAGCAGUGGAGUUACGCAGAUAAAAAUAAUUGCAGAAACUACAAAAUUUGUACAAAAAGUUGUUUUUAAGUCAGAAAAUGUUCAGUCUGUUAAACUUGAAUAUAAAACACCGAAUGGUAACACUGUCGAUAUCAAUGAUGUCACCGUUCAUGAUGAUGGAAAUGUGCUCGUUACAUGUGAUUAUCCGAACGUUAAAACAAUAACGUUAGAUUUGACGGCCAAAAAACCCAAUGAAAGCUUUAAAAUUAACGAUUUAAAAAUUUUCAUAUGUGCCGAAGGAACGACUAUUCCUGCUUUAACUACUCAAGGUCCUGUUGUUACUCAAAAGCCAAAACUAUCAACAGCUGUUAGCCAAUGCUCGGUGAAUAAUCUAAUGAACGAACAGGCAACUCAAACUUCAACAAUGCCCGAUGCUGGCUAUGAUAAAUCGCGGCUCGAAUACGUUUUCCCAAGUGGCAGUGAAGUAAAUGUCAUUACCGUAACUGCCUCUAAUCCAAAAACAAUUAUGCAAAUAAAGUUUUACUCGCAAAAUAUAGUUGAUGUGGAAGUAAAAUUCUACAACUCAAACAACGAGCAAAUCUGGGAUAAAGUAGUCGUACAAAAUAAUCCCAACGGCUUCUUUGAUUACAGUACAUACUUUCCGGAUGUCAAUUCAAUUGAAUUAACAGUUAGCACGUCAGAUACAAGCCAGCGUGUUAGCAUCAGAGAUUUACAGAUAUGGACAUGCGCCGAAACAGUUACUACGAUUGUUAUUCCAACAACUACGCCACACGAACUUACAAUUACUGAAGAGACCUUAACACCAGGAAUACUUUUCGAGCCGUCUACGCCACGAGAUAUGGAAAGUCCAUCGAAGUGUCAACUCAGUGAUUUGAUGAAAGAACAAACAGUUACUUCUGAAACCAACAUUGGUUUGAUGGCUGGAUCUUCUAAAAACACUUUUGUGUUUCCUGGUAGCAGUGGAGUUACGCAGAUAAAAAUAAUUGCAGAAACUACAAAAUUUGUACAAAAAGUUGUUUUUAAGUCAGAAAAUGUUCAGUCUGUUAAACUUGAAUAUAAAACACCGAAUGGUAACACUGUCGAUAUCAAUGAUGUCACCGUUCAUGAUGAUGGAAAUGUGCUCGUUACAUGUGAUUAUCCGAACGUUAAAACAAUAACGUUAGAUUUGACGGCCAAAAAACCCAAUGAAAGCUUUAAAAUUAACGAUUUAAAAAUUUUAAUAUGUGCCGAAGGAACGACUAUUCCUGCUUUAACUACUCAAGGUCCUGUUGUUACUCAAAAGCCAAAACUAUCAACAGAAUUUUGCCAAGUGAAGAUCUUGUCGGAAAUCAGUACUUUCAUAUCGAAAAAGAAUGGAGCCGUUGGAUUCAUUGAAAAGGAUGGUGAACCUGGAGCCACGAGUGAUCAAGAAUACGUAUUCAACGGUGAUAGUAUCGAUAAAAACGCUCAAUUGAAGAACAGUACCUCAAACGAAGAGACGUGUCUGGUCUCGUACUGCGAUGCUGUGGGUAAUGAAGUCGUCUUUAACAGAAGCAGUGCCUGUCAAUGCGGACCUAAUGAAGCGCUGCAUGGUGACUAUCCCGAUUGUUGUUCGUGCGUCGGAAUUGGAACCACGACAAAAAAACCAGCAACAACAUUGCCAACUCCAACUGAAACAUGUUCUGUUGAGCACAAGUACGUCAACCUGAGCAUUCCACUGAAAGUUGGAAGCGUGUGCACGUCGAAUGAGGCCAUUUUGAUGUCGUCCUGCAGGGGAAGUUGUGGCGACAGUUUCGACGAGAGCGCCAUCUACUUGGAAGAGAGCUCUGCGGGAGGGGAUCCAUUCGUCCAUCAUGGAUUGUGCAAAUGCUGCAGAGGACUUACUGGAGAAUGGAAAUUAUUUGAUGUAAACUGUGGAUCAGAAAGUAAGCGAGUUAAGAUUUACGAAUACACAUCUUGCGGCUGCCAGGAAUGCGUGGCAGGAACCUUCACUUCUGGCUUGCCUUUUUAAAUGUUUAAUUUUGAACACUGCAUAUUUUGUUAAGCUUAUUUAUUCGAAAUUAAAAACUUCAAAAUCAUUAAUUGUUAUAUUAUUUACCAAUAAAUUGAUUUAAUAAAGUUUGUUUUCUGCAUUUCUUUA